GUUCCAUCAUAGCGACGACGUUCUGUUUUCAGUAGCAACCGAUGCUCCGGAUUCAAUAAAGCGGUUUAAAAGAUGAUGUCCACCGUCCUGGACGACUCGGCCUGGGACGUCCCGGUGAGAGACGUCCCGGUGAGAGACGUCCAGCUGUCCCCUGCAGGUAUUGAUCAGCUGCUGCUGGGAGGGAAACCCUCAGAUGUGUCUCUUCAUCAGAAUGCCAGAGAGCGUCAGGACGUCUCUAAGGUGUCCAGGGAGGAGCUGGAGGAUCGGUUCCUGCGCCUCCACGAGGAGACGCAGUUCCUCAAACAGAAAACUCACAAACAGGACGACAAGAUCAGGAAGCUGGGCACUAAGUUGAUGCGUCUCCUGAAGGAUCGUGGUCGUAUGGAGCGUCUGGCUGGAGGUCAGGCUGGAGGUCAGGCUGGAGGUCAGGCUGGAGGUCAGGCUGGAGGUCAAGCUGGAGGUCAGGCUGGAGGUCAUGCUGGAGGUCAGGUGAUGCGUCUGCGUGACGUGGAGCUGGAGGAGGUGAUGGAGGAGCUGCAGGAGCAGGUGAGAGGCCUUCAGGUGGAGAACGUGGGUCUGAAGCAGCGCCUCCUGGUGGCCAAACAGCAGCUGCUCACCUCCCACAGCAGGAGGUCUCCGUACGGCCGCGUCCAAUCACGAGUCAACACGGGGGUAAAGAAGGACGACGCCCCCUCCCUGACACACCUGAAGAGUGUCAGUGUUUCCUCUCCUCAGGUACCAGGAGUCCAGAGGGGGGGGGGGCGGCCUCCGACGGGCCUUCUGCCUCGGUUUGGACACAGCCUGCUGGAGGAGACCCGGGCCGAGGUCCGAAACCUGGAGAACAUGAUGGAGCUGCAGCGGAGCCACAUGGAGGAGAUGGAGCUGGAGAAGGAGGAGCUGAGGGAGGAGCUGAGGAGGAGAGAGGAGGAGUACAAGGAGAAGCUGCUGCAGAACACCUCCAGACUCAGGGCUCAGGUGAGCAGCAACGUUGCCGUCAUCAAACUCCAGAAGCAGCUGCAGGAGAGGAGCAGCAACGUUUCUGAGCUGGAGGGUCGAUUCAUACAGCUGCAGGAGAGUCAAAGGACGCUGAGGCUGAGUCAUGACGCUGCGCUGCUGAAGGUGGACGAGCUGUCGGCUCAGCUGAAGGACGAGAGGAAGACGAGUCUGGAGCUGGAGAGGAAGAUGCAGAGCGCCGCCAUAUCCAGACUGGGGCUGCAGCAGCUGCAGGAGAUGGUCAGUGAGGUGGAGCAGGAGAGAGACCUGCUGAAGGACAACAAUGAGAAGCUGGUGAACAGCGCGCUGGAUGUGUCCUGGCAGCAGAGGUUCCAGCUGCAGGAGCAGAAGCUGAAGAUGCAGAUUUCUCAGCUGGAGACGGCGCUGCAGGCCGACCUCGUCGACAAGAACCAGAUCCUGGACAAGAUCAAGACGGAGAGAGAGUCCAGUGAGAAGCUGACGGAGGAAAAUAGGAAACUGCAGAUCCAGUUUCUGGAGCAGAAGCAGCGACUGGAGGAGAUGAACGACCGCCUGAAGUUCUACAGCAGGGAGAACGAGUAUGACGUGGCUGAACUCACUGAGGCUCUGCUGCUCAUUAAAAAGCGUAAAUCUAGUGGGGAGCUGGGCUUCCUGCAGGUGCAGGAGGAGCAGGAGGAGGUGCAGGAGCUGAGAGCCGCUCACGCUGAGACCAUCCAGGAGCUGCAGAAGACCCGCAGCCUGCUGAGCAUGGAGAACAGCAUCUGCAGGGACUACAAGGUGGAGCUGCAGGCGGUGCUGCAGAAGAUGGAGGCUGACGGAGGAGGUUUUACGCAGCAGCUUCAGCGACAGGCCGCGCUGCUGGACACCCGCGCUGCCAGGAUCAAGAAGCUGGAAGCUCAGCUCAGAGACGUGGCCUACGGCAGCAAAGCAGCGCUGCCCUCCCCCCUCGACGGCCCUGAUGAAGAGGAGGAUGAAGAGGAGGAUGAUGAGGAGCUGCUGCAGCGGGGGGAGAACCUGUUGGAGCUGCAGCUGCUGGGAGCCUCCCUGUCUUCCUCCGCCCUGCAGGAGGCUCUCGGGGACCAGGAUCCCUCCACCUCCUCCACCUCCUCCACCUUCUCCACCUUCUGCACCUACAGCUUCCACCUGUCGGAGCUGCAUUGCACGCCGCUGGCCUCGGGCUCCAGGCCGCGCUACGGCUUCACCUCCCGCUUCGUGGUGAGCGUGGACGAGGGCUUCCUGCAGUACCUGAGGCGCGGGGCGGUGAAGGUGGAGCUGCACCAGGCGCUGGGCGUGGACUGGAGGACGCUGGCCGGAGCAAAGAUCCCCCUGCAGGGGCUCCUGGAGGCGGAGGGGGCGCUGCAGGGGAGCGCACCUCUACUAGGGAGGAGUGAGGAGACCCCGAGCUUCGGCUCUCUGGAGUACCGGCUGAGGCUGAGGGUCCCGAUGAAGGAGACCCUGCGUCUGCACCGAGACAAGCUGCACCGAGACCAGCUGACCCCAGACCAGCUGAGCGCAGACCAGCUGAGCGCAGACCCCCAG